CAACAAUGCCUUCAAUUUCUCGAAAACUCGCAUGCAAUCCCUUCAUUCGAUGUAUCUAUAAUUCGAGUGCAGCUGAAGAAUGGUUCUCGACCUGCUUACCCUAACAGCAAUCCCCACGACGGUUGGCGGCGCCGAAGCAGUCCACCAACAACGCCUCCUGGACGAGGAUGCCGAGUCAGAAGAUCGCAAAGCUCCCUUCCAUUUACAUGUUUACUGCGAUGCGCAGUCGAAAAAACGCGAUGAAGUUCAUGACAGCAUUGUAGUCCUACGGGACCACAAGGACCCAAUGACGCGACUACCUGAAACCAGUGAUGAUGGAGAAGCGCCGCAUCCCUUCACGGGUUUCUACCACCCCUUCCCUACUUCUGACCUCCCACAUCGACCUAUCCCUGCACCCCCCAUUCUCGGUCUCGUUAGCACAGUACCGCCCUCAUCACCGAAUUCCUCGCUAUCCCGGCCGUCGCCCCCAUACCCUACAUCCAACCCUACUAAGCCGAAGCUCAAUUGGAUAUACGCCGACAAAUCAACUCGAGAACUGAAAUAUGGACCGCGUGCUGUUGCACGCGAGCAUAUAAUUGGACCGUGGGAUUGGACGGACGACGAGGAGGGUUUGGCAUUGGAUAAUGAAGAGAGUUUGGUUGUGGUGGAGGAAGAGAAGGGUGGGAAGGGUUGGGCGGUGUAUUGGGAUCGCGAUGAUGAUCGAUUAAAAGGCAUUGAUGUGGGCAAAGAGAGGAGGGUUUUGAGAUGCAGUCUUGAGAGAAGGCUCGUUGGCGAAGACGAAAAAAUUAACGUUGAAUAA